AUGCCAUCUUCAGUGGACAUCCCUCCCUACUUCCCCCCGCUUUUCUGGAGGUUGUGGUUUCCUCCCGAUGUAGACCAGCGUGCCCGCCUUCACAUCUACCAUGUUUACGAUAACGAACUCGGCGAGAUUGAGCAACAACCUCAGCCCUCCAGUUCGGUUUUCGUCCAUCUCUUUCACAACGAGAAUGGCACUCCCUUGAGGCUAUCCGAGGACACGCAGGAGAUGUUGGAACGGGCUGGAGGAAUCGUUUCCGCACUCGAAGAUGAUCUCCUGCCUCACCUGAACGCUCUGCGGUUUCACCUCCGACGUUAUCCACCACAAGCUUCGAGGGCCCCGCAGGUCACAAAUACCUUUUCGUUCCCCAGCAACAGUCUAUCAAAGCUCCGGCGGUAUCUUACUUUCAUCAGGUUCCGGAAUAGCGCUGGCUACUCCACUCUGAUUCGGCGACUUCACGCCACCCCGCACCACCAAGGUCCGGGAGACCCGACCAUCUACUCUGAAGCCUUCCGGCCGUACCUCAUCCGAACUAAACGAAGGUAUCUCUUGAAGUGCUUUAUCGACUUUUUGGAAGGAAAUGACGCUCGUUCUCGCAAUCACCUCCAAGGUGUGGACCUAUCGCCCGACAACAAGUUUGUGGGAUUGGUUCGAGAGGUUAUGGAUAUCUAUUGUUGGAGGUUGCUUGAAGCUGAGAUUUGUGUUGGGGUCGCUACUGAUGAGCAAGAGUACAUCCUUCCGGAUUGCUGCUACGGAGCUUUGGACGAGGGGUUUGACGAGGAUAGGGAGAAAUGUGACUUCUUCUUUCCUAUUAGCCCAGCCAUUUCCGUCUACCUUCUGGGUAGCUCGUGCUUUGAUGACGAACCUUCUUUCGCGCCGUCCGAACAGCCGAGCUCCGUGUCCAUCCAUAUUGGCCCAGAAUCUGCCAUCGACGUCCAUCUGCGGAAUACCAUGGUCCUCCAGACGUACCCGCCGUACCUCAUCUUCUCUUCCCUUCGUGGCAUCUCCCUUUCGGUCUCCUCGUACUACGAAUUCCGAUGGAUCAACGAGCAUCAAGAUUAUUCGCGGUUGAGGAUGCGGUGCAGGCAGAAGUUCAUGAUGGAGGGAGUGGUCAAGACUUUGGUCAUCAGAGAAAGUGUAGAGUCGAACGGAGAGAGCCAGCCACCUGCCAGCCCGGACAGUCCUGUGCGGAUGGAAUCCCCGCCUGGGAAGGACGAGGUUCGGGUGUUCGACCUGACUGAUGAAGUUCAGCUGAAAGGAAACUGGGCCGUCGCUUUUGGGACUUUCUCCGACGUUUGGGAGGGAACUUGGAAAGAUCCUAUUGAGAAGAGGGACACAGCGGUUGCUGUGAAGUUCCUGAGACAGGCGAUGGUGAAGAAUGUGAAGGAGCGACUCAUUCGAAGAAUACAAGCGGAGGUUGCAACGUGGCAUAAACUGUGUCACCGCAACGUCAGCCAGUUCUUCGGUAUCGUCCAAUCGGCGAAUAGUUUUGGCAUGGUCUCACCAUGGUACUGCAAUGGGAUUAUCUCCGAAUACGUCAGGAAGAACCCUGGCGUAGAUCGACUGAAGCUGCUCAUUCAAGUCGCUUCGGGAAUAGGCCACCUUCAUUCCUUCUCCCCUCCCAUCGUUCAUGGGGACCUUAAAGGAGGCAAUAUCCUCAUUGAUGCUUGCGGUGCAGCGAUCAUUACCGACUUCGGCUUGUCCAAGGUCAUGGAGGAAACCCUCACAGAGGUUUGUGAAGAGGAUGGAGGGGCCGUGUCUGGCCGCGGUACAUCGGUCUUUGCAGGUUCGACACGGUGGAUGGCUCCCGAGCUAAUAAUGGCUCUUGUGGAAGAUGAUGACAAUGGCGGGCCAGGUCCCAAGAUCACUCCAAUGAGUGAUGUCUACGCGUUUGGAAGUGUCUGUCUGGAGAUUGCGACGGACGAACUUCCCUAUUCCCAUCGCAGAACAGACCAUGCCGUGACGCUCGAUAUCAUAAGAGGUAUUUUACCCACUCGCAAGGAUACUUGCCUAGUCAAAGGUGUGGACGAGGACAGAUUCUGGCAGCUAUUAGAACGGUGCUGGAGUCUGGAUGUUACCCUACGGCCGACCAUGAUUGAGGCACUGCAUUGGUUGGAUGGACUCCGGAACUUGAACUUGUUACAGAACGGUACCAUCCACCGCCGGAGGCAACCCCUCAAUUAA